CUCGCAGAAGUAUUCGCUCGCGCAACGUUGUACGACAACAUCGCGCGAGAGACCGUCAAUUAGACAACAACGUUUUUGAUAAGAAGGUCAUUGAAUCAUUGCAAUUGGACGUCGAAGUUUUUCUACCAAGAUGUCAACUGUUCUGUGCCUUACUCUUUUCAUGAUCCUGCUGAACGGGUCAAAAUUAUACUCAGAAGCACGUGGACAUGGACAUGGACAUGGACAUGGACAUGGACGUGGACAUGGACAUUGUCGCGACGAUAAUCAGGGUGUGCAGGAACAAAAAGUCAACGUCGAUGGAGUGGAUAUCAAUUAUGUGCGCACUGGGACUGGCGAUCAUCCGAUCUUGCUUCUACCCGGUGCCAUGGGUUGGAGUUGGGAUAACUUCAGGCCACAAAUAGAGGGACUCGACAGAGAAAAGUUCACCGUGAUCGCUUGGGAUCCACCGGGUUAUGGAAAGUCCAGGCCCCCGAACAGGACGUUUCCUCUGGACUUUUAUUCGCGCGACGCCACUUGGGCCCGUAAUUUGAUGAAAACUUUAGGCUUUGAGACGUUUUCGCCGGUGGGAUGGAGCGACGGGGGUGUCUCAGCUCUGAUACUCAGCGCCAACUACCCCCAAAACGUCAGAAAACUCGUGGCAGUCGCGGCACAAGCCUUUUUAUCUCAAGAAGAAAUAGAAGAGUAUAGACAAAUCAGAAACAUCGACACCCUGCCGGACGAUUUACGACAACAGCUGUCGGACUACUACGGAGCGGACUAUUUCCGAAACAUGUGGGCAGCCUGGAUCGAUGGGCUCGAUAACAUUUACACACAGAGAAACGGCGACAUAUGCAAGGAGUUACUGCCGAAAAUCAGAGCACCCACUUUGAUCAUGCAAGGAAGCAACGACACAGGGGUCCCAGCGUUUCAUCGAGUUUAUUUGAAGGACCACAUUCGCGGAGCAAAAUUGAAGAUAGUACAAAAUGCGACUCACCCUGUGCAACUGGAGUAUCCGGAAGAAUUUAACUCUAUAGUUACCGACUUUUUAACCAAAGGAAUCGUAUCGUAAUACCAUGGUUGCGUUUUUUACGUUCCAAGCAAUUUUUGUGAGAGAAUGUACUAAUCGCAAACGAAGAGUUUCCAUCCGAGACCGAUCUUUUCGCAGUCGACUGUUACCUUCCAAUGUACAUACGUUGUAUUAAAGUGAUAUCCGUAUAGCAGAGAAGCGCGCGGCGUUGGAUUUCUGUAGCGGUAUCGUUAGAUUAACUUGGCGAGCAACGAGUUAUUGUAAUGGUUGUUCCUCGGUGAAGCACGCCGAAUGCAUGACACAGCAUAGAGGACACACGUGGGAUAACCGGCACGGAAAUCGAGCCAGGGAAAGGAGUCGCGAAACCGUGUGGGCGACGAUCUUUCCGUAGGUUUACGUGUAUUUGGUCCGACAGGACUUUCCAAAAACGUUUUCGACUCCUGCAGCGAAAAUUAAUGACCGAACGAAAAUAACUCUCCUUGGAGGAUACGUGGACGUUGGCUACUUUGAAUAAUCGUGAUGGAUUUGAUUUGGUCUGUUAUAGGUUACAGUUAACGCUUAACCCACUUAAAGAUACUUUUUCCCAUGCAAAAAUACUUCACUCGGUACUAAAUUCAAUCAUUCAUGAGAUAAUUAUAUUGUAUAUAAUUUAUAUGUUGUGUACAAGAAACUGUACACAAAAGUUAGAAAAUGAUUAUUUGAUCAGCUGUGGUGGGUUUAGUGUCGACAUUAAAGGAAUACAGAAUGAUUCGGAACAGUAAUCUGAGAAUCAAGGCGUUACAAGUUGUUUUUCUCCAGUUACUUAAUUAUCGAUCAAUGAGUCCACAGAGAAAAUAACAAAAGGCUCGGUUGAAUUUUGACCAGCUUAUUAGACAAACCGAUCAACCGAUCACCGCGUGAUUAUCAGCGCAAAGGGGGGCCGAUUCGUCGCCGAUGGAAUUGUUCUCCGCUUGGAAUCGAGAUAAAGAAACCGUGGCCAGAAUAUAAAACAAUUCAAUCCACGGGGAAGUCAGGGACCGCCCAUCCGAAAUAUCCGCAAUGCGCUUCAGACGAAAAUCGAUCCUCACCCUGGGCUCGGUUACGCCCCAAAAGAUCCAUUUGCCAGAAACUAGCGACACGUACCCGCUUGUAUAACGAUUGUUUUCUCAUUUCUUACGAAUCUAAGUGACGCUUUCAAUGCACUCUAAUAAAUAAUAUCCCCUUUCGAAGCUCA